UUUCACGAGAAGAGGGACUGGAGUGUUUUCUGGGACUAAUUACCGUUACUGGAGAAUGAAGGACCUUGUAUGCGGCUACUAAAUCGAUCCCCACCCCCGUGUCUUGGUGCAACGAACGUGCAGGAAUGAGCUUGGAAGCGAUCGUUUUCCCGGAAGGCGCACCGCGUCCCGGUCAGCUGGUGGAAAUCGUCGGCCCCACAAACAUCGGUAAAUCCUUGCUGCUGCUCGAGCUGGCCACCAACCUCGUCCUGCCGGUUACUUGUGGCGGAAACGAGCGAAAAGUUCUACUGCUUGAUUGCGAAAACACCUUCGACCUAUCCGUAAUACUGGCCUUGAUGGAGAAAUGCAUCCUGAAUAACGCGAUACCAUCGCUUGCCCGCACUCUCGACGCGCAGCAGAUUGAAAGAAUACAGCAAGAGUCUCUGGAACGGCUGUACCUGUACCAAUGCUAUUCGCAGAAAUUAUGCGAGUGGUGCUGGUGGCACCUCGACGAGACGACUUUUCCCGAGUAUCGCGACAUCGAGGUCGUGCUGGUCGACUCGAUCGCCACGUUCUACUUGCCCAAUCCCACUCGGGAGCAUCCGAGACACAUUGAAAAGUACAUUCGGAAACGCUGCAAAUUCCUCCGCCGGAAGGCCAAAAAGUUUCAAAAAUCCGUCAUCUACACGAAAACACCGUACAGUGUUUCACCUACGGACUCGCCGGUGUUAGAUCCUGAAUGUUCGCCAACCAUGGAGGAAAGAUUAACGGGAAAACUACUGGCGAAAAGAAAAAGGCGCCGGCACCCACUGCGCAGCAUCCCCGUCCGUUAUCGUAUAGAGCUAUCGUUAGCUAACCCCCCGCCCAGCGCCGAGGAUGAUGAAGAUGUUGAUCGCCAGUUCAAUGCGAUCAUCACGACCCGCAAGAAGCGCCAGUACGAACGACACUAUCUCAUCGAUGAUUUCGGAUUCAACUGGAUCGAACAGCAAGAGUAACUAAAAUGAGAGUUUCUAGAAAUCCCAAACGAUUUUAUUGUUCUUUUUUUAUAAUCCGUUCAUCUCCGGGAGUUUUCCUUCUUUGCCGAUUUCUUUUAACUUACAACCUCUAUACGGUGCCCACAUUUCUGGGUGUUUUUUUUUUAUGCGGGAUAACUAUUCUGGCUGGUUGACUUACACAAACUAAAGAGAUGCGUUGAUUUAUUUCGUUAAUCCAAGCUCCACACCGCAAGAGUCCAUCCUUUUGUUAGCUAGUUCUUCAUCUCUGCCUUCUCUCGAUCGGAGAAACACGAUUUGUUGUGAGGUAAAAUGCAAUCCAUUUUUGAGCGCCCUUUCCGAGUGGCUUCUCAACCAGCACACGCCAAUGUUGAGUAAAGGUUAUAAAAGAGAAACGAAAUCAUAAUUGAUCUAAUCGCAGCAGGUUCCGGCUGCUGACAUCCGCUCGUACCGCAAUUCUGCUACAA